GGAAAUUCUGUUGUUUAUGCAUGUCUCUGUAACACUGCGAAGCAAGAGGAGCCUUAAAAAGUCCAGAGGGGGUGAUAGCAGAUUAUGAAUCAAAACGUGGACGUAGGAUAUGUUCAGCAUUCAAUGGAAGAUAUACAGAUUUUUAGGACCCAACCAAGACAGCCUAAUAAGUUAGAUGGAAUUUGCCAAACAGAUGGCAAUCUGUGUAAUUCAAAUCUUCCAUCUCAAAAUUUCUACCCAUAUUCAGCUCAUUAUACACACAUGCAUAUGAAUUCCAGCAGUGACUUGGAAAUUUUUGAAGCAGUAAGAAUUCGAGAACUAGAAGAAGUCAAAGCCAGAGCUGCCCAAAUGGAGAAAACUAUGCGCUGGUGGUCAGACUGUACUGCUAAUUGGAGGGAGAAAUGGAGCAAAGUUAGAGCAGAAAGAAAUAAAGCCCGAGAAGAAGCCAGACAAUUGAGAAUAAAAUUGGACAGUGUUGUAAAAGAACUGAGUAUGCUUAAAAAGAUAAACCAGGAUUUAGUAACUGAAAAAGAAAGUUUAGAAAAUGUAACUACUUGGAAAACAGAAUAUUUCAGUUCCUCAGAAAUAUCGCAUAUAAAAAAAGACCUAAACCAAUUAACAUUUUUGGAACAAGAACAUGCGGAAGAACUAAACAAAACCAACACAAUUCCUUGGGCAGAAGACUCAAACAAGGAUGUGGAGUUAAUCAAACAGCCCCUAAGAAGCAGUCAGAAUAAAAAAAUGGCUCCAAAGCAUCUUGAUUCCUUUUCCAGUGGAUUUACCAGUAUUUAUUUUGAGGAACCUAAAAAAGGUCUGCACAACGCAGCUCAGACACCAGAGAAUGAUUUAAAGCGUGCUUCUGUUCUGCAUUUGCAUUUGGCUGAGUUACAGAAAAUCUUAACUAAAGAAAGAGAAAUGAAUGUAUUUCUGGAAAAAGAAGUGGAAAAGACAGAAAAUGAAUUAGCUCUUUGGAAGUUGAAAUAUGAAGAACUAAAACAGUCUAAACUGGAAAGUCUGAACCAGCUGGAAAGAUGGCAGUUUGAGAAUACCUCUGAAUGGGGAAAGAGAGAGAGACCUGAUGCACAAAUGAAAAGUUUGAAAGAAGAGAGAAGAAGGUUGAAGUUGCAAGUGAAAGAAAUUCAGGAACUUCUGGAGAUGAAAAAUAAAGCAGUACCAAUUAAAUUGACUUGUGAUCAUCAAAAUGAUCAUCAAAAUGCACAAAGUAAUCUGCCAGUUAAAAAUAAGAUUAAAGAGACAGAAGAAAAUGAGCUCAGAAUCUGGGACCAGGCAAAGUUCCUUGUAUGUUGUUGGAGAUUCCACCAAGACAGCGAAUGAAGACACGAGACAUUACCUGCUACAACAAGGCUAACAGGAAAUAAAGGGGCAAAAUACUGAAAGACUUCAUAAGACUUAUGAGAAAAUUAAAUAGUGGAAGUCCAUGCAGCAUACAUUGAAACACUACAUGCACUUUUUCUAUGUAUUUGACAUUUUCAGUAAGGACCAUAGAAAUGUGUCAUUGUUCACCAGCUUAGAAUAUUUUGCAGUUUGUUCUUCCUUCUCCUUUGUCUUAAUUGCCAUCUUCUAAAGCAAAAGAUGGAUUCUAACUGAUGUAGCCCAUAAUUUAAUUUUUGGGGAAAAAAAAGUACAAUUUACAUGGCAAAGGAGGGAGUUUCAUAGCUGGUUCUGUGAAGACAGUGAGUCUGGAAUGGAAGUCAGUGCUUUUUGCCUUGUCCCUUUCUUUUAUUUUUUUUUUUUCAUACAGCAAUGGGAAAUAACUUUUUCUCAGUUUCACUAGUUCUGCCAGAGUAACAUGUUGUAGUUAAAUCUAACAUUUCUCUCCCUACUAAUUUACUGCAAACUCC